AUGAACUACGAUUGGGCUUCAUUCGAGAAACUCAAUGAUCCAAAGGUUCCUGAACUGCCGAAGCUGCAUCCUCACUUUCCGGUAAGAACAAGCUUUCGCUCUUUAAAAUUUCGGCUAUAUCCGUUCAUCGGCCAAAUAUUUCAGUGCGUGUCAUUCGACGAACAAGAUUUCUUGCUCAAGGAACUCAGUAAUUGCAAAGCGACGGUUUGCGUCACCGAUUAUUGUCGCAAAGGCAUCUACUUCGAGAACCGGUAUGUCGAUGAACUUUUUGAAAAACUAUUCGAAAAAAGUCUCAAAAUUGAAUCUGAAUUUAUGAUUAUACUUCAAAUAAAACCGUCAUUCUACGUAGAAAUUCAUGCUCAAAAGGAUUUUUCAGAUUCCAAAUAAGGGCCCGUUGCAUCUUCUGCCUUUCUGAUUUUUGCAACGUGUGCAAGAAAAAAUAUCACGGAAACACUCCGUGCGCUAAAGAUGGACGUUAGUAGCCAAGAAAUUAACUGAUUUCAAAAUCUUUUUUUCUAGUCACCCCUCUCGAGCACUACAAACACCAAGACGCAUUUGAUAGACUUUUGGAAGCAGAGGUCGACAAAUUGGUGAAAGAGUCUGACGUAAGAAGCCAGAAUUAACUAAUCGUUAAUAAUUUUCAAAAAUUCAAGGGAUAUUCGGAAAAAGACGCCUGGGAGGACUUCGAGAAGCUUGCUGCGGACACCCCGCGUAGGUUUGAGAAGAAUUGGGAACUGAUGCUUGCCAAAAAAGCUGCUGUCGAGAAGGAGGAAGAUAGUUUGGAGAAGCACGAAGAAAUGGAGAAGAGUCAGGCUCCUGUAGAUAUAUCGCAAUUGGCUAUGAAAAAAGCGAGACAGAUCUUGAUGUUCCGUGCCCUUCAUGAAAAAUAG